UCCCAUUCUCCCCAACUUUUACCCCUCAUGCUCCCUAAUUUUUGCCCUCAUUCUCCCCGACUUUUGCCUUCAUUCUCCCCAACUUUUACCCUCGUUCUCCCCGACUUUUGCCUUCAUUCUCCCCAACUUUUACCCUCGUUCUCCCCGCUUUUUGCCCUCAUCCUCCCCAACCCUCCCCAACCUCCCCAACUUCUUCUACCCUCGCCAUCCCCUCUUCUCACCCACCAAAAACCCCAAAUCCCUUUUCCUUCCUUCCUCCCUCAGAAGCGACGCUCGAACCGCCAAGUCAAACGCAAGAAAUACACCGAGGAUUUAGACAUCAAGAUCACUGAUGAUGAGGAAGAUGAAGAGCUGGACGUUACGGGGCCCGUGCGUGCAGAGCAGCCCCCUGCCCCACAACCCCCCGCCCCAGAACCGGAGCCAGAGGGCGAGACGUUGCCCUCCAUGCAAUUUUUUGUGGAGAAUCCCAGCGAGGAGGACGCGGCCAUCGUGGACAAAGUCCUGUCCAUGAGGGUGGUUAAAAAGGAGCUCCCGUCGGGGCAGUUGACAGAAUCAGAGGAGUUCUUCGUCAAAUAUAAGAAUUAGUGAGUGCUCUGUGGCUCCUUGUUGGACCACAGGAGGUUCUCUGGCUCUCCUGGCGCUCUACGCAUCCUUUUGGGGUCUUCACGUUGCUUUAGGAUCCCCUAAAUCCCUUUGGGGUCCCCCACAUCCCUUUAGGGUCCUCCCUGUUGAGAUUCUCCACGUUCCUUUUGGGAUCCUCCACGUCCCUUUGGCCUCUUGCUUUCUCAGUGUCCCUUUUCUGGGGUUUCUCCUCAUCCUUUUGGGGUCUUCACAUUGCUUUAGGACCUUCCACAUCCCUUUAGGGUCCCUCACAUCACUUUAGGGUUCUCCGUUUUAGGGUCCUCCACGUCCCUUUGGGCUCUUGCUUUCUCAGUGUCCCUUUUCUGGGGUUUCUCCCCAUCCUUUUGGGGUCUUCACAUUGCUUUAGGACCUCCCACAUCCCUUUGGGGUCCCCCACAUCCCUUUAGGGUUCUCCCUUUUGGGAUCCUCCACGUCCCUUUGGCCUCUUGGUUUCUCAG